AUGGGAAAAUUACAAAAGAGCACACCACAGACUGAGUCCUUUGAAGAACAGAGGUCGCCUCUGAGUGAGCUGCCCGAAGAUUUUGAAAGAUUCGAAGAGACGUCCACUCCGACGAAGUUUUACGGGUUUCCCUCGACCGCUGCGUACGAAGGUCCAAUGGAAAUCACGUCUCCUACUGAAGAUAUAAAAGAUGAACCCAUAGUACACCAUGUCAGCGUAUAUCAUAGUGGUCGAUCCGACGAGCCACUCACAAAAGAAGAAAAAACGAGCGAUACUACGGCUGAUAUUGCCAGAGCGCUCGGUGAUAAAAUAAUGAAUUUAUUUGCAAAACAAUCUUUUCCGUACGAUUAUUUAUCUUUGGAACAAUAUAAGGGGCCCUUGGAAGCUACCAGUCGAAAGGAAGAUAUCGAGCCUCAACCUAUACAAAAUGUUGUAUCACUUUACCACGAAGGAAGAUCGGAUAUUAAACAAGAGCCGGCCGCAGCUUCACAAGGGGAAACAACAUUGCAUGUCAAAGAUAUCUACUACGAUGACUCAUCUAUUCUGAGUCCCGAAAGCAGAUUAGAAGCCGCUUUUCUUUACUCUGACAAGAGCGGGUUUACUGAUGCUGCCGUAGCUCAAGCAGAGAUUCAAGCUGUGCCACCUCAGAAGCAAGAUGAAGAGCAGCGGCGGUCUUAUGACGUAUAUGAAGCUAAACCAUCUAUCACGGGUGAAAGUUCCAGCGAAACAACCACCACAGAAAAGCAUUUCAUCUCUCAUGAUGAAAGACCUCUCAUAACCAGGCAGAGUGCUGCAAAGGUCGAAGAAGAAGCAGCAGCACAGAGUGUGGAUUCCCAUCACAAUGGAUAUCCCGAAAAGCCACAAGUAGACGAAAGUAAAGAGAAUGAAACAGUAUUGAACAUCAAAGACGUUUACUUUGACUAUCCUACCACCGCAGCCUACGAAGGACCACUGGAG